AUGUACUUCCUGAGGCAGCUGAAGAAAUUCAACCUGCCAACACGGACGAUGAUGCAAUUCUACACUGCAAUCAUCGAGUCCAUCCUCACCUCCUCCAUCACCGUGUGGUACGCUGGAGCCACCAUCAGGAACAAACGUGUUGUGCACUCUGCUGAGAAGUGCCAAAGACUUCACGUCCCAAGGACCUCAACAGCUAUAGGCGAGACCCUGGAGCGGCUGGUCCUGGCUCAGUUUCGGCACCUGGUGAGCUCAUCACUGGACCCACUUCAGUUUGUCUACCAACUUGGCAUUGGAGCAGAUGAUGCUGUCAUUCACCUCAUGCAUCGUUCCCUCUCCCACCUGGAGAUCGCUGGGACCACUGACAAGCUGGAGAACUCAGGAGUGGACUAUCACCUCACUACCUGGAUUUUGGACUACCUCACCGACCGAUUACAGUAUGUGACAACUCAGGGCUGUGUGUCGGACAGGGUCGUCCGCACAGCCGUGCUGACCAUUCAACCUGACAGAACUCAGUUCUUUCGGUACGAGUCCUUCAAUCUGACCUGUGGAGCACCAGGGAACUUUAUCAGCUGGAGGGUGAAGAGAAACACCUCCACCGGCUCUUUUGUUCCAUGUCAGAAUAACUGGGGUCGCCCAAAUGGAUCCUCCUGUAUCAAUCCCAAGGUCUUCUCAUUAGACAGUGGACUGUAUUGGUGUGAAUCUGAGUUGGAGUGCAGCAAUGUCCUCAACAUAUCAGUGGAUACUGGUGUUGUGAUCCUGGAGAGCCCUGCACUUCCCGUGACUGAGGGAGACAAAGUGAUUCUUUGGUGCUCCUACAAGGAGAUAUGGGUCCAGCAUUCUUCAUCAGAUUUCAAUGCGACCUUCUACAGAAAUGGUAUUUUUAUUGGAAGGCUGCCUGAAGGGCAGAUGAUCCUUGAAACUGUCUCCAAGUCCCAUGAAGGCUUCUACAAGUGUCAACACCCCACAAAGGGAGAGUCGCCCCAAACCUGGUUGGGCAUUAGAGGUGAUUCCACGUUUCAUAUGUUUGAAACUUUAUCUAAAUUAUUUCUAGAGCCGAAUCUGGUGGCCACGAUCUUGCUGUUCAUGCUCUACACCAGCAUACUCAUACUGUGUGUAUACAUCUACCGAAAGCUGGCUCAAGCUGCUACUCUGAGCAUCCAUCCCGGCAGGUCAGUCUUCUUUUUUUAUGAAACUGUGACUCUGAGCUGUGCAGUGCCAGGCAGCUUCAGCAGCUGGACAGUGAAGAGAAACACCUCCACAAAGUCUUCUCUCUCAUGUGAGACCUGGGGCCAAUUAAAUGGAUCAUCCUGCACCAUCAAAGGUGUCUACCCAUCAGACAGUGGAGUGUACUGGUGUGAGUCUGACAGCAGGGAGUGCAGCAACACCAUCAACAUCACAGUGACAACUGGUGUCAUCCUGCAGGGUCCUGCUGUUCCUCUGACUGAGGGAGACAGUGUGACACUAAACUGCUCCUAUAAGGAAAAAUAUGCAAAGGAGUCUACGUCCAAUUUCAGUGCUGCUUUCUACAGAAAUGGUACUUUUAUUGAAAAAAGGUCUGACGGAAGGUUGAGCUUUAUCCAUGUGUCCAAGGAGAACGAAGGCUCCUACAAGUGUGUUCAUCCCACAAAAGGAGAGUCACCGGAGAUUUGGCUGGAAGUGAGAGGUGAUGAUGAUGGUAAUGAUAAUGAUAACACUAACAACCCUGUUAGUGCCGGUGCCAUUGGUGUCAUUGUUGGUGGGGUUGUCAUCACUGUCAUCACUGUCAUUGCUGUCAUUGCUUGGUGCAAAUUCUAG